AUGAGCGAUCUUCAGUUUAUAACUGGAAUCGCGAUCCUUUUCAGCGGCUUCUUACAAUUGCCAUGUGGUUUAUCGACCUAUCAUUGGUUGGUUCUUGUUGAUUUGGCUUGGUUUUCGAGUCUCACCCAUCUUUCGUGCUUGACCGUCUUACGGCAUCAUCUUUCGAGUCAUGCUUUUGAGCGUGGGUGGCGACUCUGCACUAUGGGACUAUUAGCUACAUUGCUAGCUGUGGCCUUGGGGUUCACAGGAAAUUAUUCUUGGGCCCUUGACGAAGGUCACAAGGAUGAGAGGCAUCCCAGGAUCAACAGCUAUACGGUUUGCCAUCUGCGUGUAUCAUCAAGUACAAAUUCAGCCUUCGUAUCAAUGGUAUUAUCAGAGCUUCUGAUAUUGAUCGGAUUUAUCUCACGCGCGUUGAAAAUGUAUAAAGGGGUUUCUGUUAAUGGGAUUGGCAGAGUUCGAUCCUUUUUGAGUUCUCACGCACGGCGCAGACUUCUAACUGUCUAUGAAAGCUGUGAAACCGGGUCUCCGCAUAGCCUGAGACGUACACUCUACUAUUAUCCUCUUUUCGCUCUCUUUCUCGAAUCGAGAUUUCUCUUGGAUUUCUGGACAUCCGUUCUAUUUGAGGUUGGCUGGCUGCUGGUAGCUUUCAUUUGGGGUUUGAUACGUCUCGUCAAAGCACUAUAUCGGCCUGCUCUGGAAGGCUUUGAGAAACCCUACGGCGAAGAUACCAGUAAUCGUGGCUUCGGACAGGUUGUGGCCCUGGUUCUUCUUGCAGCUCCAUUCUUCACAUUGGCGGGAUACUUUGCUGAUAGUGAGUUCCCAUUCCGCAUUGCAUGUCUAUUCUGCGCUAAGGAGGUGUAUCUGGAAGAUAUUCAAGAUCCAAAUCGAAGCCGAACAACCGAUUCUAGGCCAUCUGAAAUUGAAAUCUCGGAAGCCCAAGGCCAGACACCACGAGAUUCACAUUCUGGCGGCUAG